GGCGGAAACGCGGUUUGCUUACUUAUUGAAAAAAAUGGCUGCGUCCCGUUUGGCAGCUCUGUGCCAAGGGGUUUCAGCCGCCCUGAAGGCUUCCAGAGCGUUAAUAACUUCUCACGCCCCUACUAGUCCAGGUUGCAGGUUUGCAGUUGGUUUGUUGUCUAAGAAUACACUACAUGUCACAUCUUUUCACCAGUGUAGAUUACUUCAUACCACAUUGUCAAGAAAAGGACUAGAAGAAUUUUUUGAUGAUCCAAAGAAUUGGGGGCAAGAGAAAGUAAAAUCUGGAGCUUCAUGGACGUGUCAACAGUUAAGGAACAAAAGUAAUGAAGACUUGCAUAAACUUUGGUAUGUCCUACUGAAGGAAAGAAACAUGCUCUUAACUCUGGAGCAAGAGGCCAAGCGGCAGAGAUUACCAAUGCCAAGUCCGGAGAGGUUAGAAAAGGUGGUAGAGUCCAUGGAUGCAUUAGAUAAAGUCGUCCAGGAAAGAGAAGAUGCCCUACGACUUCUUCAGACUGGUCAAGAAAAAGCUAGACCCGGUGCUUGGAGAAGAGACCUCUUUGGAAGAAUCAUCUGGCACAAGUUCAAGCACUGGCCUAUACCUUGGUACCUAAAUAAACGGUACAACAGGAAACGAUUCUUUGCCAUGCCCUAUGUGGAGCGGUUUGUCAGAUUGAGAUUUGAGAAAUAUGCCCGCAUUGAAUCAAGAAAGAAAAGUUUAAAGAAAAAGAAACAAAAAAUUCUUCAGCAGAAGUUUCCACAUCUUUCUGAUGCCCAGAAGUCAAGUCUUGCCUAAGAUGUCCGAACUCUUACCAUUUUCUUUUCCCAUGGGUAAAAGCCUUCACACGAAAGUAUACACUUUUUUUUUUUUUCUUCUUCCAGUAAAUGACUAUGUUUACUCUCAGUUGGUUUUAAGUGUUAACAUGGCAUGCUAAUUCUGGAAGCGGUCAUGCUUCUACCAAAAAAAUCAGGUAUAGUGUUCAAACUUAAUUCCUGUUUUAUAAAUUCUGACAUCUAAGCAAAUUUUAAUAUAACUUCCUGAGUGUGUGAAAGUGAUGUCAACUGCUGCAAUAAAGUGGUUUUUUAUGGUUUUUAAUAAGAUACCAAA